GUUGGCCUUCUCACAAGACUUUCCUUCUGUAAGUCUGUGGUUAUUAACAGCUAUUUCUGUGACCAUGGCCAGAUAUACAGGCUUGCAUGCAAUGACCAUUUCCCCAAUUACAUCAUUAGUUGUCUGUACCCUGUUCUUAUUUUUUGGCUUCCAUUCGUUUUUAUCUUGUUAAGUUACCUAUAUAUUGGCUGCACUUUGGCUAAAGUGGCGACUGUUCAAGAAGGUCUCAAGGCCUUUAAAACAUGCAUAGCUCAUCUUUCAUUGGUGGCAAUAUAUUUCAUUCCAGUGUUAAUCACAUUUACUCUGAUGGAAAAAAUACAGCCAAAUGCCAGGAUCAUGAACCUGUCUUUGACCUCUAUUUUUCCUCCCAUGCUGAACCCAAUCAUUUAUGUUCUGCAGACACAAGAAAUCAAACAAUCUGUCAAAAGGUUGUUGAAAAUCAGAGGGAAAUCCAAAAUCAUAAAGAAAUGA